AAAUAUUUUAUUCAUGAUAUACAGUCAUGGGAUUACAAGGCUUUCGAUUGACUCUCUUACAGAUAAGCCAAGCCAUGAUCUUAUACUAAACACAUUAUCAUUUAUGCUAGCUUAAAACUAACUUGAGCUAAUUUUAUUUACGAUAUAUAUAUAUAUAUAUAUAGAUAUAUAUAUAGUGAUAAUAAUUUACAAAACAACGAUGAACAUUAAUCUUUAUAUUUAUUUUUAAUCUAUAUUUCUCUUAAAUAUAGAUGCUAAACAUCUCUGUGGUUUACUUUUAUUAAUAACAUUUCUGUUUCAAUAAAGACGUAUGUAGCUUAAAAACGUUUUAUACAGUUAUACACCAUUAAAAGUAUGUAUACCACAUUUCAGGACAUCAAGUUGUUAUGAUUAUCUUUUAAAUGAACGUACACUUUUAAAUUGAUGAAACGUAAUUAUUUAAACAUAAGUAAAAUUUUAUUAGUUCAAAUAAUAUUUAGUAGAAUAGUAGAAUGAUCUUUUGAUUGCGUGACAAAGAUUUGACAGACUAUUAAAAAAGAUAUCUCGUGUAAAUCGAAAGAAAGGAAAAGGAAAGGUAGGAAAUUAGGUAAGAAAAAGUGACGGGACGUGGUUUUGGCGCGCGCGCAAAAGUAAACAAUGAACUGUAUGGUUCUAUAUGGUAGAAGUGGCAACAGCGUAGAGGUCCGAUCCAUGUGACAGAGAAGGAACGUGACAAAAGGUGGCAGAGGGUGACGCCGCCGAGAUCGGAGUGAGUGUUUGCCCGGGCGAGCCGGGUGUCGGGUGUGCUGUGUACGAUUGUCGCGAUAUUCGUCCGUUCUGGCGUCCACCGGAAGGUAAGCGUGUUCGUAAAAGAUAUCGUCUGGUUCCGAGACCUCGGUUCGAUAGAUUUUUCGCAAUGGUACCGAAGAAAACGUGAGAAAAUCAGGAAAAAAGUGCACCAACUAACGAGCAAUAUACAGCAGCUCGACACUUCUCUUACACGCCCAGCGGAGUGCUGCGUCACAUGGGCCGCGCUCAUUGGUCGAUACAGCCAGGUGACGUCAUGAACCGCGCUUUGAUUGGUCUAUACCUCGGGCCCCAGACACGUGAAUCGUGGCCAAGCAAGCAUGGCUGUUGAUGCGCAGUGGUUAGCACUUGUAAAAUGUUUCUGCCACGCGCUAGAUCGAUCAGGUUAUAACCGUCGUGUAUCGUAAAACGUCGCGAGAUCGUCCGCUGUUCAAAAAUUGACAAGUGCCUUGUGAUUUUCCUCAUGUGUCGCGUAUUUGACAGGAGAAAUAUCGUUGAAAUUCUCGCAAGAAAUUGAUUUCUACCGUGAAAGUGGGUUCCAGCGUGUUUCCAUUGUGACCGAAAUAUAUUGGUAGCGUACCUGUAAGUUCCUGAUUAUUUUCCAGCGGUUUCUGGCGUUACCACGCCCGUUUAAAACCCUCCGCGGAACAUUAUCUCGUCAGAACUAUCGCCUAUUUAAUUAACAUGUGUAUAGGUGGUUGCGUGGCGUGUUUUCCGUGCCAUAAUAGACCUAGCCAAUCGCACGGUACUUCAACUCAUGACGUCACGUUAUAGCAAGCUCCUAUUGGCCAACGGUGCGUGCGUCGCCCGUCUAACGUGUGUGUCGCUUUGUCAGUUUAAGGAGCUCGUUCGGUCUACGGCACGCUUCUUGACUUUUCGUAUACUCUUCGAUAGACAGAGCCUUUCCUUUACUCGAACUCGCAGCACGCAGUGCAUCGUGUUCUUCUUUCCUAUUUUUGCAUGGUUGCGCCUACUAUGGAAUGCAAUUGUAUCCGCUUGUAAUCGUGGUACGCUUUCGCGAUUACAUUGCCCGGGAUAUAUCUACUUUUCAAAUCAGCGGCGGAACCUCGUUUCUCUGCGUCGCCUUUCCCGCCUCUGUCUCGUCAACCUUUUUUCUUCGCUCACUGAUUUCUCGGACUGCUCGCACCCGACACUCUACACACUCUACACUCUACACUCUACAUGUUUAUAUUCGCGAAUACGCUCUUGCGCGUAUCAACGCCACGUAACGACUCUCGUUUCUGCUAUCGACGCUACAUCACAGGAAAAUUAAUCCAACUCGUUAAGAUGCGACAACGCCUCCUAAAGCCACUGCGUAUCUUCUCCUUAUGCUCUACUAUGAUUUUAGUGUCAGUGAAUGUUUAACCAUUACAAAAGUGUAAAGUGCACUCCAUAAUUUUCCAUUUAACAACAUCUAGUUCAACUUCUAUUUAAUUGAAAUCUCCCAAAUUUCUGUUCUUUAUAUACUUUUGGGAUGUCCAGCUUUAUCAUUCUCGAUUAUUUUAUUGAAAUUUGUUUCUUUCAUUAAUGUUUAUAAUAGAUAAGACGUAAACAUAAAGAAUACAUAAACAUACCGAUUUAUCGUUUGUCAUGUUGAUUAAUCUUCAAUCUAUUAAUGCUGUUACAUAUAAUAUAUCUAAAAUUUGUAUAUCAUGCAUAAGAUUUUCCUUACAAUUUAUUAUUUCACCAGUAUCAAGAUUAUGAUAGAUGGAGAACAACUUUUUUGUGAAGUACAUUCGCAACCGUGUUUCAAGCAGUAAAUUGCGAGAUAUAUAUUAUGAACGAUAUGAACGGCGUCUCUUCGCAUUAUUUUCUUUUUGACUGUUAGAUUGUUUCCAGCGAUCGGAACUCAAGAUGCGUGUUAAUGCUCUGUGCUCCAGGAAAGCGCACGUUGCGCUUGCGCACCUCCUCCGUGAGGUAUUACGAAGACGAUUGCCACCCGCGGCUGGCAGCAGCAGAAAAAGAGGAGGUUUGAGACACGAGAACGGGCUCUCGACUUCUUCGUCCUCGGCAGCCGGCGACGGGAAUCGACGGUCCGAUCGCAGAGUCUCAAUCUCCCGAAGGAUUUUGAAAAGGAACAAAGCUCGUCGUGGAGCGAAUCGGCAACGUCAGGAUGAGCCUGGAAACGUUGCUGGAAGCAGCGCGGUUCGUCGAGCAGCAGGAGAAAACGAGGGAGCGCCUCGCAAGCAGCUCUUCCUCCUCCUCCGAUCAUCCGCUCGCUGUAGCUCCCCACUCCAACCAUCACAACUCCAACGAGCCACGUGGUGCCAAGUUAAAGCGGGAACGUACAGAGCAAGAUGACUUAUUUUGCGAAGAGAAGAUGCUGAUUAUCGACGAGGAGGAGCCGCUAGAAAAUAAUAGAACGAACGGGAAUCACUCGACAGGUUCCCGAGGGAGUCCCGUGAUCUCAAGCGCGCGAGUAACGCCACCCUCGGCGAACGCAAACACGGCGCAUCUGGCCGCCGUACACUCUACGUCGCACCACCAUCUCCAUCAUCAUCAGCAGCAGCAGCACCACCAGCAACAGCAGCACCAGCAACAACACCAACAGCAACACCAGCAGCAACAACACCAGCAACAGCAACAGCAGCCGCAGCAGCAACCGCAGCAACAGCAGCCGCAGCAGCAACAGCAGCCGCAACAGCAACAGCAGCAUCACCAUCACCAUCAUCACCAUCACAACAAUCACAACAGCCCGCAUAAUCCUUACGUGGAAAAUCAUAAUACGAAUCACUCGCAGCAGACCGCGGGCAAUCUCGUCGUCGACGUUGAACCCAGCCACGACAAUAAGAAGCAUCGAAACGGACCGUGUGUAAUCCGUUCUGGCACCAGAGAAGUGCAUAACAAAUUGGAGAAAAAUCGAAGGGCGCACCUGAAAGAGUGCUUCGAAUUAUUGAAGAGGCAACUCCCGUCGCAGGAAGAGAAAAAGUCGUCGAACCUUUCGAUUCUUCACGCUGCGAUCAGGCAUAUACAGAUGUUGAGAAGGAAGGAACGAGAUUACGAACACGAAAUGGAAAGGCUUGCUAGGGAAAAAAUUGCUGCCCAGCAAAGAUUACUAGCUCUGAAGAAGGAACUCGCGGCUACUUGGGAUCACAUCGACUUUAAUACUCUUUUACCGGAACAGAAUGCGGCUGCCGAUGUAACGGCCACGAGAAGUAUUUCAGAAAACAUGGAGGUUGAUGUGACGGGGCUCGCACGGGGUGGUACGAGGUACAGUAGUACCAGCAGCCUGAGCAGCGCAGCUACGGCUAGUUCACCGCAGGCGCUUCAAAGUACUAGCGCGACUUCCAGUAUCCACAAUCAGGUUGCCACUGCGGCGGUUGUCUGCCAAGCGCAGGGUAUGAAUCUUGCGCCAAGUUCCAGAGAAAGUCCACCUGCGAGUUCGAGUCCUGGAACGCCUGCACCUAGCAUUCCUACUCCAGCGCAGGAGAAAGUUAAUACUUCACCAACGAGUAUAGUGCAGCAGCCGCACCAGUUGCACUUGCCGAUCAGCGCUCAGAUAUUGAACACCAGUCAAGGCUUGCCGACGAUCGUACCGACCCUUCAGCACCUCGGUCCGAGCUUGAGGGUGAUACCCGGUGACACGAGGCAACUUCUGGUCACUCACACCACUGGCAGCAACGAAUCCAGGCCGCUCACGUUGGCCGUGCAAAACUCGCCGGAUCAAUCGAGGCCGCUUAUUGCCGUGCAAUCGAACACUGGAAGUGAGCCAAGGCCCGUAGCGCUGGUCGUUCACUCGUCCACGGCCAACGACAACAGGGUAACGUUUGUGCAUUCUAAUCUGUCCAACAACGACAGGCCGUUGGCCCUAGCCGUGCAGUCGUCCGCCAAUGACGUCAGGCCAGUUACAUUAGUGCAUUCGGCAAACGAGGGGAGGCCGUUAGUUUUCGCUGCGCAUUCUCCUGCACUGAAUGUUACGAAUGCUCAAACGAGGAUACGAGCGGGUGACGCGCAGACCACGCAUAAAAUGGUCGGUGGUGUGACACUGGUAGGUGGAAAUGGAUCGGAGUUGACUAGACUUCCCGGUGGCGCUGAAUUGAACAUACUGCCUGCAAAUGGAUUGACGCUGAGCCAUGCAGGAGUGUCGCUUCAAACCACAACAGGUAAACCAGGCUCGACAGUGAUGCAAAACGCUCCGUCCACAGAGGGUAUAGCUCAUAUCGUUGGCCCGCACACACCUCUCUCCGGCCUGACACCGAUCGUCACGCCGAUGACCGUUGUCUCGCAAGGAAAUCAAGUGACUGCUCAUAUCCUAGCCCCCUCUAGCCUUGCGGGCAAAAUGAUCACGACCCCGAUCCUCAAAUCCGUGGCGCAAAUGCCGAUCGUGAACGCCCAAUAUAUCAACACCACCACUCUGGUGAAGCCUGUAGUUGUCGUCAGUUCACCGUCAACAUCAACACCACAAUCGACGACGGCUUCCAGUACACAACCUUCCUCCACCACGCACUCGACCGUCUGACAGAAUCAAAAGAAAGUGAAACUAGUUUGAGAAAUGGCUCCCGCUGGGUGUACGGAGGCGCGGGGUCGCAGAGAUUACGAUAGAUCGGUGUUUAAUCGACACGUGUCCACGUUCCGUUAUCGUCUAACGCGUUUCGCGUGUAUAGCACCGACUACUAUACACGAUCGAUUCGAUGCUUCAACGAGAGAUAAGGUCAAAAUGGACGAUCCGGUCAACGGAAGAAGAGACAUAAGAGACGCGAUAAUUCUCUCCGUCGUGGUAUUUCCAACAACGAGGGAGGAUUUCUUAUUUUGUAAAAGUUCGCUCGUGUCCCUUCGUGCUUUGGAUUUCAAAUGGUUCUGCUCUUCCAAGGAGUGAGACGACCGAGAGAUGCGAAGGUGUUAAAAAUGCCGUUGCUCAACUCGCGCGAUUGUGCAUGGUACCUUGAAUGCUUCAGAGAAGUACUUAUCGAAGGCAAAACUCGCCGGAAAUGGGUCAGGGAAAUGAACGCGACGAGGCCGCUUCGGACGAAGAUGAUCUUGUUCGCGUUUUCCGGAAGCGUAAGAUGGAAGAAAGUAGGCCGAUGUACGCCAUGGAAUUUCUCAGUGCGAUCGUUUAACGUUUGCAAAUUCAACGUUUCGCUGUUCCAUUUUUCGCACGAUAAAAUCCUGGAAAAUAAAACGGUCGAUGAUCGUUGGUAUUACGUUGUCUGUCGAGAGAUCUCUUUUUCUAAAUUAUAUACGCGAUCGUAUAUAGCAACGUAUCACGAACGAAUUUCAUUGAAAAUCACGAAAAAUCAUGAAAUCGAUUUGACUCGUGAUACUGGAAUCUUAUUUGCACGAUUUUUUAAAUAUCUCGGCUGUAAAGUACAACAGAGCUACGUUUCUUUUUUGGUACCUCGUUGCAAUUGAAGAAGUUAGGCAAAGAAGAAACUAAACUGUGUGUUUACAGAGUGAUGUUAAAUUAAUGAAUUGUAUAUGUAAGGUUCGUUUAGAUGUUUGAAAUUGAUCGAAAUCUUGAAAUCGGAUGGAUGAUAAAUAUUCUUGCGUUUUUAAAUUAAUCCUUUGCGUUAAAUAGUGGCUGUGGAGAAACGAUUAUCCUUUACGCCUGUAAUUUACUUUCGGGAACUUGGAUGAUAAAUUGAACUUACGUCGCGUUCAAUGCACGCCAAGGAAAUACGCAUACGUUUCUUUCUCUUCUUUUAUAUGUCUAUACAUCUAUCUAUCUAUCUAUCUAUCUAUCUAUCUAUGUAUCUAUCUGUCUAUCUAUCUGUCUAUCUAUCUGUCCAUCUAUCUAUCUAUCUAUCUAUAUAUAUAUAUAUAUAUAUAUAUAUACACAUCUUAUAUAUAUGAAAUAUAUAUCUUAUAUAUAUAUAGAUAGAAGAUAGACAGAGGUAUAGAACGUGCUCAAGUAUUUAUUCGUUUCUAUUUAUUUUACAAAGUGCAACACUGGGCAUAAGCAAAACGUUUGCCUUGGCUUUGUGGUCCUGAUAUCUUUAUCGGAUUCGUUUCGAAAGGACGCUCAGCCGCGGCUUUUCUCGAAAGUCUGAAAACAAAAAAAGAAAAAAAGAAAGUGACAGACAAAAUAUGUAUGUGUACGUUUUUAACGAUAUGGUAGUUUUGUUUUUGGAGAAACGUGUACAUACAGGUGUUCGGACCGCUGACGAAACGUUAUAUUUUGCAUAAUAUUUUGCUGCAAUCGAUCAGAUAGAUAAUCGAAUUAGGGAAGAAAAGUUUCCGAUUUGCGUUGCAAGAGGAACACGGAAUUAUCGUAUACAACAUACACUUGGUGGUUUAUCGUACUAUUUUAAAUUGUUUUUUCUAUGUGUAAGUAAAGGAAAAAGAAUUUACGUUUCAUCUUGCGAUAUUUUAAGUUUUUUGAGCUUUCAUUCGAUAUACUCGAUGCGAGACCGUUAACGGUUGUUUACUCGAUAUAAAUAGAACGUACGAUGCGAAAUAGCAGUACGCAACGUUUGUCCCUCGAACGCCACGAACAUACUUUUGCCCGUACAUUUCGAUUUAUCUUUACACGAUUGCGAUUAUCGACGUAAUCGCGAUGCUGUAAUCCGUCGUUCGAGAUUUCUUCGCCUACCCCGUAGCUUGUCAAGUCUUAUUGCAAAAGUACAAAGAAUAAGCUCUCUCUAAUAAGGAUCGCGCAUCUGUUAGGUUUCCUAUUUUUCUUUUUACAUAUCUUUACCUGUACGUUUUUGUAACGCGAUUAAUCCCAUUUUGUCGUUAACAAAUUUCCAAACACGAAGAUCGAGUCGAAAACGUUUUCCAAAAAUCUUGAUUCCUGCGUUACGAUAUCGUCUUCGAUAUCGUACAUCGUCGCGAGCAAUUUCCUUCGGUUUCCGUAUCGGGUAAUACAUACUCGAGGAGAAAGAUCAAAAUUCAAUUAAGAACGACUUGGAAUUCGCGAACGACGCGCAAAAGCGAAGCUAAGAGUUUGAAAGCGGUGUAGCGAAGAAUUUUUAUACGCGCGUGUGUGUGAGUGUACGUGUGACCGUUAACGGUCUCUUUCAGAAUAUCACCAUUUGUACACUAGUAUUAUUCUUAACUUGUAUCUGCGUAUACACACAUAUAUAUCUCGUUUUUUUUUAUUUUUUAAAUUAUUUAAUCAAAGGCUUUGGUCGGUCAGUUUAUGCGCUGAUUAUGUAGGUAUAUUAUAUACGCGGACGCUGUGUAUUUCGAUCUACUGCGAAAACACGUUAAAACAUGUACUAAGUUAUUGGUUAGCGGAGGGCGAAAUAUCGUUUUGCAGGGCGUUUAAAUGCAGCAUGGGACUUGCUCGACCCUGUUAUCCCGUAGAUGCGUAAGAAACGUUGAAAACGUCACCGUUAGUUCGAAAGAAAGUUUUAACGCAUUCGUGUUAUGCUGGAUCUUUGUACUGCUCGAAAUUCGAUAGCGCUAUACUCUGCGAUGAUUUUUAUCGAAUUUACGUAUCAAAGUUUCGAGUAGUAUUCCGUAAGUCUGUCGUUUCAUUCUGCUUUGGCACGCCAAGUAUCUCACUUUGACAAAUCGAUGUUUUAUCCCGUUGCUGCUUAUUCUCGCAAAUAAACGGAACAACGAAUGCGUUAAACGAAACGAAAGAAAAAAAGAAAUUUCGUUCGUUGGAAAUUAUUUCGGUCGAGCACCGUUUGCGAAAUAACUGUAAUCGUUUACGAUCGAGUACUACUAAAUUAGCAGAGUUUACGAACGAUACUUCCGAAUCAAUGGUAUCGCGUUCGAUCAGCGACUCGGUUCCAGUACCUACAUAGUCUCUGAAUAUUCAGGGAAUCUGCACCCGUUUUCAGAUUCUUGGCAAGACUCGUGAAAUUUGCUCCUUUUCGUAUUACAUCACUACCUCGAUUUAAUUAAUCCGCUCUCGAUUACCAAUCUUUCAAUUCCGAUAACCGAUUCCUCUUUUGGUUGCCCCGAUUCAAUCUCUCUUUCAAAACUGUUCGAUUUUGUUCGCGCGGUAAUAGCGAUCGUUGUUGCAGCUGUACUCGCAGGUAGAUGCUUCCUUCGAACUGUCGUAAAUCCAAUCGCUGUUUAUGCGAAAGCAUAAGUAUUUUUUCCAAAUGACUUUGUUACUAUCACGUAGGUUACUUUUAAUCUACACGUAUAACAAUUAAAAGACGGCACUACGUCGUAACACGCGAUGUAAUUAGAAGGAAUAUCGUCUCUCGCAGCCUGUAGCUACGGUGACUUUUUUUCGCGUUUCAACGAAAGUACAGAUUCGAGAGCUCGUCAGGCUUCGAUCGUUCACACGCGAGACGUCGUUCAUUUCCUCUAUACUGCUAUAACUAGUCGCUGGUAAAGCGUCAGUCGGUCGUCCAUAGCCGAUGACAUAUCGGGAGUUUUCGCGAAGAAGAUAAAAUUAAAACGUCGUGUCUUUCGGGGGGAUCCGUCUCUAUUUUCGUCUCUUAACUUAAUGUAAAGAACGUGUCGGCAGAUAUCGUAGUUCGUAUAAAAGAGAUUUCGCAGGAUUUUCCUGCGGGAUGAUAAAUUGCUGGAGAAUAUGAAAUUCGGCGCGCGCGCACUAGUCAUUUCCGUUCCCUCCUUGUUUUUUUUGUUUUUUUUUUUUUUUUUUUUUUUUUUUUUUUUUUUUUUUUUAACACGAAUCAACAACGCUAGGCUUUCGAACUGUAGUUCGCCACUCUGUCGUAUCGAUCUCCUUUCCUUCUUUUCGUAUCUUUUAAAUCCAAUCUUACGAAUCGUGCAAUGCAUGUAAAUACUCGUACUAGAUGUUGGGGGCAUUCUUAACACGUUGCGCAGAUCGAGUAAGUAGGAAGGCGAGGAUCGUUGCUUCGUUCGCCGAACGUGCAAGACGAGUGGCAACCGUCGUUUUAUCGAUCGUUAUCUUUGCUUAAAAAGAAAAAUUAGUUUUCGAGUUAUUUCGUCGUUGGAACGAGCCGAUCCGAUCCGAUCCGAGGAAAGUAGACUUUCGGAUAUAUCGAGAUAGCGAGCUUCGAGCGACGAUUAAGAAGAACGAAAAAAAUCGAUGGGAAAAGUUACUUUUCCGUAACGAAGGUUCUGGUUAUUUAUGCGAGGAAAACGUCACGAUACCGACAGACGUUUACUUGUUUGGAAAUCUAACGAUUAAGCGCGUGCUACUACGAUCUUGCGUUUGGCGAAGGAAGAACACGCAGAGGCAGGUGACAAGCAAAGUAAAAUCGAGAAAGAGCGAGAGAGAGAGAGAGAGAGAGAGAGGAGGGGAGGAAGAAAAUAAAAGCGAUAAAAAAACAUCCUUUUUUUGUAUAUAAUUAAAAAAAAGUUCAAGGAACAAAAAAAAAAAAAAGAAAAAGAAUCUCGUCGACUACUAGGAAUCCUCGGGAACAAAAUCGAUCGACGGGAAAAGAGAAAGUAACGGAGGAAACGUGCGGGGAAUCUACAUGUACAUGAACAAUGUGAUAUAAAUAACUGACAAAAUUACUUAGCACUAUUAUAGCGUUUAAGCAAAAAUAAAACAAAAGAAAGGAAAGAAACUGUUAAAUCGUUUACAGCGUAGACGUACGAUGCUAAAUAUUAUUCGCUAACAUCCUAAAGAACGAAACCCUAAUUGUAUAUAGAAUUACGAGAGGCAGAGAGAAAGAGAGAGAGAGAGAGAGAGAGAGAGAAAGCGAGUGAGAGAGUGAGAGGCAAAAGGUGAGAAAGGAUCGGAGAGAAUGAGAAACGGUGUGAGAGUGGAAAAAAAGUAAGAAAAAAAUUACCAGCUGUAAUUAUUACGUUGAGUAUGACAGAGUGAAAGAGGGUGAGGCACGAGGGGGAAGGGAGAAAGAGAGAGAGAGAGAGAGAGAGAGAGAAAGAACGUGUUGGAAUAAAAAAAAAAAAAAACUGUAACUCUAGCGUGUCUUGUACAUCUCUCGUGAUAGUAGAAUAUCUGUACAUUGUAUUUCUCGUGUGAAUGUGGCGGCAUGACGUAAAGAAGAAAGAAGAAAUAAGUAAAUAGAAAAGCAAGCGUGUCUGUGCGUCUUAACAAGAGUGUCGCUAUCGUUGUACUCUAUGUCGAAUUUCGUUGUAUAUACCAUCGCUGGUAUAUGUGAAAAUAUGAGGAACCUCUUCGAAGGACUCGUUGCGCGUUGUUGGAAAUGUGAGAACUGGAGGGAAAGACACGCGCAACACACUAUGUAACGCGAUAGAGGCGCGAAAGAAAUUGAAAAAGGAUAGCGUGGCGCACGAGGGCCGGAGCAUCCAGCCGCGUGCAAACACUUUUUGUUUUCAGAAGCAGUGCGACAAAUUUCAAUACAAUCUAUCACAAUAAAAAUUGAAGCGUGAAGCGUUGCCCAGUCCUCCUUGCUUCCGCCUUGAACAUUGUCUUUGCUCGGCGAUUCGGUCGAAUUUCGACGCUUAGCGAGAAAUUACGUCAAAGAGUACCGGUGGUAUUCGAAGAGAAGCAAAAAAAAAAAAAAAAAAGAAAAAAAAGAAAAAAAGGAAAAAAGAAUAGAGCAACUCGAUGCGAAGGGGUACGAGUGAUCGUGUUCCAAACGGUCGAUGCAUUUCCAAUUACUUUCGUUCGUCGAACGAAAAGGAAAACGAGCGUAGGUAUGGCGGAGAUUGAAAUUUGCGAGCGACAAAGUCAGUUACCGAUACCGAUGCUUGGUUUUUAACUUUGAAUAUGUACAGCGCUGUGAAAUUUGACAAGGAGAAGGAGGAAGCGCGAACGUUGCGUCUAAACGCAGAGGUUCGAACACGUUAUUCCGAACGAGCUCUACGAUAUCAAGGGAACUUCUUUUUCCGAAGAAAUAGCAGUAUUAGAUUAACUUUGUAAUUAUUAGCGAUACUAAGUACUAUAUGCAGUAUCUCGGGUUUCUUAAUCGCAAAUUAUUACGCGGUGUAACGAGUUUCUUCGAUCACGAGUUAUAUACGAAUGUCAAACUAUGAGUAUAUUAAAUAUGUUUUUUAUGAA